UUUCCCUUUCACAACAUAUCCAACCAUAUAUCUCCAGAGUCAGAAAGUUAAAAAAGGGGGGUUUUGCUUGAAGGGAUGGAUCCGAUAGUCGUCGACAAGAUAAUCGAACGGCUAAUUGAAGCCCGAUCAUCGAAUAAAUCCGGCAAGCUUGUUCAGCUGAGCGAGGCUGAAAUCAAACAGCUUUGUGUUGCUUCUCGUGAUAUCUUCAUCAAACAACCUAAUCUUCUUGAACUUGAAGCCCCCAUCAAGAUUUGCGGAGAUAUUCAUGGACAAUAUAGUGAUCUUUUAAGGCUUUUUGAGUAUGGAGGCUUUCCGCCUCAAUCCAAUUAUCUUUUUCUCGGGGAUUAUGUUGAUCGUGGGAAGCAGAGUUUGGAAACGAUAUGUCUUUUGCUUGCGUAUAAAAUCAAGUAUCCAGAGAAUUUUUUCCUGCUCAGAGGAAACCAUGAAUGUGCGUCGAUAAAUAGGAUUUAUGGGUUUUAUGAUGAGUGUAAACGGCGGUUCAAUGUUAAGCUAUGGAAAGUGUUUACCGAUUGUUUUAAUUGUUUACCUGUUGCGGCUCUUAUUGAUGAUAAGAUAUUGUGUAUGCAUGGUGGGCUAUCCCCUGAUCUUACUAACUUGGAUCAGAUUAGAAACUUGUCACGCCCUACUGUUAUCCCUGAUACAGGAUUGCUGUGUGAUUUGUUAUGGUCGGAUCCUAGUAAAGAUGUUAAAGAAUGGGGAAUGAAUGAUCGAGGGGUUUCUUAUACUUUUGGUGCUGAUACGGUUUCCCAGUUUUUAACAAAGCAUGAUCUGGAUCUUGUUUGUCGUGCUCAUCAGGUGGUAGAAGAUGGAUAUGAGUUCUUUGCUGACAGACAGCUUGUAACUAUAUUCUCGGCUCCAAAUUACUGUGGUGAAUUUGAUAAUGCAGGUGCUAUGAUGAGUGUCAAUGAGAAUCUGUUGUGUUCGUUUCAAAUCUUGAAACCAGUUGAGAAGAAAAGUAAGUUUUUGAUGUCCACAAAGAUGUGAUGAGGGUAUAAUAUUUUGGCUGCCUAGCUUCUAAAGGCUAGAUAGGUUGGCUUCUGGAAUCGAAGGGAUGUUUUGCUGUCCUUAUUGGUGCUUCAGCAGCCGAAGAUUAUGGAUCUGAAAGAAAAUUUCCCUUAUCGUUGACUAUUUCCAGAUGGUCUUGGAAUGAAUGUGUAAAUAUUUAGCUUGGUAUAUCUUGUAGUCAAAUGACCCAAAUUCAUUUUUCUGUUUUACAACAUAAAUGCUGAUCGAUUUUAAGACUCA